UUGAAGUAGCCACUGUUUAUUUUGUGCAAUGACGAAAACACUUGUAAUUUUAUCCCUGGCUAUAUUCAUAACAACUAUAUGUAAAGCUUACAUAGCCAAUGCUCAGAACGCUGAUGUAGCCUUAGAUAAAAUUUGGCAAGGCAAUGCGGAAUUUACUAGAAAUUUUUUAAAUUUGAAAACGCAUGAAAAUCCGCUACAAAGUUUCGUAGCAUCGCCAUUCUCUGUAUUGUUUCCUUUAGCAGAACUAACACUUUAUGCCUCUGGAACAGCAUACGAUCAACUUUCUAAUAUUUUGAAUAUCGAUAAUAGAAAUGAGAUACGACAAGGAUUCAGAAAUCUCUUGGAUAACUUUGAAUCGUCAAAUAAUGUUACAAUUACUCUUGCUCAGAAAGUAUUCGGCAGUCUAGUAUUCCAAUUUAUCGAAGACUUUAAAUAUGAUACUAAAGAAUAUUUUGAUGCAGAAGCACAAAAUUUAGAUUUCAGUCAAAGCGAAGAAGCAGCAGGAAUUAUAAAUGACUGGGUGAAUACAAAAACAAGUGGAAAAAUACCAGAACUUGUUAAAUCCAAUAUGUUGAACAGCUUAACACAAAUGGUUUUAGUUAAUGCAAUUUAUUUCAAAGGUAAUUGGCAAACUCCAUUUGACCCAGUAGACACUAAACCAGACGACUUUUACGUGAGUAAAGAUGAAAAAAUAACAGUUAACAUGAUGUUUCAAGAAGGUUUAUUUCAUUAUGCGGAGAAUGAUGCACUACAAAUAAAGGGAUUGGAACUAAAAUAUGAAGACGAAGAUUACAGUCUUUUGAUUGUCUUGCCAACGUCUGAUGAUGAUUACAGUGUAGAAAGUUUAGUACAAAAGAUGCAAGACUCCAAUGUUUUUAAUGGUAUAAUUAACGAUUUAUCACUCGAAGGUGUUCGAGUACAUUUACCAUCAAUAGAAACUACCACAACAACUGAUCUUAAACAAAUACUACAAGGAGUUAAUGUUACUGAAAUUUUUAACCCUGAUACAACUGACCUAAGUGGUGUACUUGAAUAUUUACAACCAUUGUACGUUACUGUCGCUAUUCAAAAGGCAGUAUUAGUUAUCAAUGAGUUAGGUACAGAGGUAUCAGUUGCAAAUGCUGUAAUAACAAGUCUGAGAAUGGGUCCUGUUGGGGAUAUAGUUUUUAACGCCAACCGUCCAUUUUUAUAUUAUGUUCUAUAUAAAAGAAAUGUAAUGUUUUGUGGAACAUAUACUGGAAAAUAACGUCUGGGGCGAGUACUAAGCUUACAAAAUUUGAACUUCUUUUAAAGAAGAUCCUGUUAUUUUAUAUAAUACUACUUUAAAUUUGCAUGAAUUGUUUAAUACGGUAAAGAUAUGGAUUAAAAAUGUUGUGUUGUUUGUCAUUGAUUAUAUUUUUUUCACAAGCAAAAAGGUGGCAUACUUACUACUUACUCCGCUGGCGCAUCGAACCAAAGUGGGUCUUGGUCUCCAACACAAGAGAUCGCCAAAGUCGCCUGUCUUGCGCCUUCUCCUGCCAGUCCAUCGCUUGUAGUUCCCGUAGAUCCAGCUCUACGGCGUCUCGCCAACGGAAAAAAGGUGGCAUAGAGGAAUAAUUUUUUAAAAUUUUUAUUCCGUCCAUAUCCCAAUGUUCCUUCUCAUUUCCAAUCACUAAAAAAAUUCUAUUCUUCUAAAAUUUGCUUUGAUGGCCAGGCCAAU